CACUAUUUAGGGUCGCGGCAGCGCGGGCGGCGGCCCCAGAAGCGGCGGCGGCAGCGGGAGGCAGUGGUUGGAGUCCUGGGUCCUUGCAGCCAUGAACCCCAACUGCGCCCGCUGCGGCAAGAUCGUGUACCCCACGGAGAAGGUGAACUGCUUGGAUAAGUUCUGGCACAAGGCAUGUUUCCACUGCGAGACCUGCAAGAUGACCCUAAACAUGAAAAACUACAAGGGCUACGAGAAGAAGCCGUACUGCAACGCACACUACCCGAAGCAGACCUUCACCAUGGUGGCAGACACUCCGGAGAACCUGCGCCUAAAGUACCAGACUGAGCUGCAGAGCCCGAUCCGCUACAAGGAGGAGUUUGAGAAGAACAAGGGGAAAGGUUUCUGCGUGGUCACUGACACCCCGGAGCUGCAGAGGAUCAAAAAGAUCCAGGAUCAGAUCAGCGACAUCAAAUACCACGAGGAGUUCGAGAAGAGCCGGAUGAGGCUGAGCCCCAGCGAGGGCGCAGAGCUGGAGCACCGGAAUUUCCAGGAGAGCACCAAUUACCAGAGACCCACGGAGCAGCAGCAGCAGCAGCAGCAGCAGCAGCAGCAGCCUCCGGUCCAUCACAUCCAGCCCAGCAACCCAGUGUACCAGCAGCCGGUGUCCCAGCCCUAUGGCUACAAGGAGCCCGCGGCACCAGCUUCCUCCCAGCUCAGUGCUCCUGCUGGAGGGUGGAAGCGUUUCCGUGCUGUCUAUGACUACAACGCAGCCGAUGAGGACGAGGUCUCCUUCCAGGACGGUGACACCAUCAUCAACGUGCAGCAGAUCGACGAUGGGUGGAUGUACGGCACUGUGGAGCGCACGGGGGACACGGGGAUGCUCCCCGCCAACUACGUGGAGGCUAUUUGAGCCACGGGGAGGGCAUGGGGCAAGGGGCUGAGCCCCAUAGCCAAGCCCCCAGCCCCAGCGGCCUCUCCGGGUGUGCGUGCGUGCGUCUC